GCGUGGUCGCAGCCGGCAAGGCCCGGCUGCCUUCCAUGCGAUCGGGCGCCCGCGGGGGUCAACGCGGGGAGCUUGAGCUGCGCGUCCUGCCUCAGGUUAGCGGUGACGCUGACGUGGCAGUCCCAUUAGAUGUGGGGUUGGUGGGGAGCGUAGGAGAUCGUCGGCGCGAAUUCUGCCGCGGUAUACAGAUGGCUUCGAUGGACGACAAGCAGCGAGGGGCCACCGACUGGCUCAUAUUCAUUCAAGGAGCUCGUUCUCGUUUACAGGAGAUGGUGGAGGCACUGCGAUCACAAUUGAGAGUUAGACCUGAGGCUGUUGGGGGGGCAGCUUCAUCGGAUCCGCUGUAUCGGGUAGUGAUGCCGAACAUGUUGCAGAUUGUCUGGGAGCUGCAGCAUCUGCAAACGAAGGGACUCGUGGAUGGUCAACUGGAGGCUCUGAAGCGGUGUUGCGACGACAUCUUCGAGGAGGGGCAAGAUGCGUAUGCGGCGCUGGAGGAGGAGUUCUACUUGCACUUGUUCGAGACGGAAGAUGAGGAUUACACUGACGCGUGCACCACUGGUAGUGACGAGCUGGAGGAGGGUCGAAAUGGUGUUGAUAUCGCCCUCGCUACUGAUAAAAAUGCAAUUGACAACAACAUGUUCGUGCAGGUCCGGGGUAUAGACAUAGGGAUCAUCAGCUUGGGCUUGUCCGACAACAACGUCAACAACAACAACAACAGCAACAAUAACAACAACAACAACACCAGCAGCAAUCACGACGCAGGGAUUGUGGGCACCGGCAAGAUUACGACGGUCGAGCGCGACACUGGUGCAACGUGCACGCUGAAUUGCGAUAAUAACAACAGUGACAACGACAAUGACAUUAGUAACAACAACGGCAAGCACGACACUGGUGCGAGUGACGAAAUUUUGAGCCCGUGCACGCUGGAUUGCGGUAAAAACAACAGUGAUAACGACAAUGAUAUUAAUAACAACAACGGCAACCACAUAAAGAAUGUCAAUAUCGGCGGUUUGCUAUGGCUAACGGAGGAGGAGAAGAAGAGGAGGAGCAGGAGGAGGGAGAAGAAGAAGAAGAUGACGAAGAAGAGGGAGGAAAAGAACAAGAGGAGGAGGGGGAGGAGGAAGAAGAAAAUGACGAAGAAGAGGGGAGAGAAGAAGAGGAGGAGGAAGAGGAGCAGGAGGAGGAGGGAGAAGAAGAAGAAGAACACGAGGGAGUCGAGGCUUGAAGCAGCAACGACCAAAAAAAAACUGCUAUGGCUAACGGAGGAGGAGAAGAAGAGGAGGAGGAGGAAGGAGAAGAGGAAGAAGAUGGCGAAGAAGACAGAGGAGAAGAAGAAGAGGAGGAGGAAGCAGAGGGGAGAGAAGAAGAGGAGGAGGAGGAGGAAGAAGAAGAAGAUGAAGAAGAGGGAGGAGAAGAAGAAGAGGAGGAGAAGAAGAAGAGGAGGAGGAGGAGGGGGAGGAGGAGGAGGAGGAGGUUGAGGAGGAGGAGGUGGAGGAGGAAGAAGAAGAGGAAGAACGCAAGCCGAUGGCUAAGAGAGGAGGACUAGAAGAGGAGGAGGUAGAAGAAGAAGAAGAAGAAGAAGCGGAGGAUGGCUAUGGCAAACGGGCGAGGAGAGUGACCACAAAGAAGAAGAAGAAGAAGAAGAAGAAACAAACCUGGGGGAGUGACGGAGUGGCUCAUCGGCGGGGGGCGCGAUGGCGCGGCUGGCUGGCCGAGGCGACAAUGGCGAUGAUGCACCCCGCGG